GUACUUUACAUCCCUCACGGCUUCCCCGCCACCCGCCUCUCUCUCAACUUCGCGUUUAAGGGGUUGUGGAUCCUUCCUAUAUUGUGGUCGCUCAAUUACCGCCAGCUCGAUGUACAUUACUGUAGUGUGGUGAAUAGCGCCGCAUCUACGGUAGACAAUAACUACAAGUUCCCUACAAGUGACAGCGCUGGCGACGUGUAACGGACAUCCGUUCCCCCUACAGCCCUCCUGACCCGACCUCGCUCAACACCAUGGCUCCAAGCAAGAUCCGAUUGGGCACGGCGUCCCCGGGGACGCAGGCUACGACGGCGGAGACACUGGCCCAAUUGGAGCUCCUCGCCUUGCGGGCCGCAGGGAUGAAGAUCGACAUCCUCCUGCUCCCGGAAGCUUACAUCGGCGGAUAUCCCCGGGGAACUCACUUCGGCUCGGUCAUAGGUUCUAGAUCUCAAGAAGGUCGUGAGGAGUACCUUAGCUACUUUCAAAGCGCCGUAGAUCUCGGCGACACAGUAGGUGACGGCGCUGGCGCGGGGCAGGCGUGGGUGAAUAGGGAGCUACCGAGCGAUGUAAUCACCGGAUCCGGCGGAGGGGAGCCGGCCCCCAACCGGCGCGGUGACGGCACCCGGGAGGAAUUGGAGCGCAUCGCCCGCGAGACAGGCAUAUUCAUCGUCACAGGCCUAAUCGAGAGGGCCGGCGGCAGCUUGUACUGCUCGGCCGUGUAUGUGUGUCCCAAGCUCGGGAUGAUUGGCAAGCGGAGGAAGGUCAUGCCUACCGGAACAGAACGGCUAGUAUGGGCCCAAGGAUCGCCCGCCACGCUCCGCGCAGUCAGCACCACCAUCCGCGGCGUGCGCAUCAACCUCGCAGCAGCCAUCUGCUGGGAGAACUACAUGCCCCUGGUCCGGCAGGCUCUCUACGCGCAAAACAUCAACCUCUACCUCGCCCCCACCGCGGACGGCCGUGAUGCCUGGCUUCCCCUCCUCCGGACAGCCGCCAUCGAAGGCCGCUGCUUCGUAAUCAGCUCCAACAUGUGCGUGCGCAAAAGCCCAACGGCACCCACCCCGGCAGCACCCACAGCCUCCAACACAAACGGCCACCCCACCACCACCUCCUCUUCUGCUGUCCACGACGAAGCCGACGACAAGACAGACGGCGCAGACGAACCCGACCCCUCCCCGCUCUCGCGCAGCACCAGCAGGCCCGGAAGCACGACCCACCGCCGGCGCAACUCCUGCCUCACAGAAGAAGGCUUCGAGAUCGCCCUGCCUUGCUCUCCAACAACAACAACAACAGCCCACAGGGAAGCCAGACCACGCCGACAAUCCAUCUUCGACGAAGACGGCAACGAGAUCGUGCUGUGCGCCAGCACCAGUAGUAACAAGCGACCGGCGUCCAAAUCCAAGGAGCCCACUACUACUCGGCCCACCACCACCACCAUCAACACCACUACUACCAUUGCGUCCGGCAGCACAGCAACGGCAACGGCAACAACAGCAGCAGCGGCGGCCGCGGAAGCCGCUGGGCGCAAAUCAUCAUCAUCAUCAUCAUCCGAGUCGUUCAGCUCACGGGGUGGGUCAGCCAUCGUGUCGCCGUUCGGCGACGUGCUCGCGGGGCCGCAGUGGGAAGACGACGCCGGGAUUAUCUACGCCGACGUGGACUUUGACGACUGCAUCCGCGGCCGGCUGGAUCUGGACACGGCGGGGAGCUACUCGCGGAAUGACUCGUUCAAGUUGGAGGUGCGGGGGUUGGAUUUGACGCCGUUGCCUUACUGACUGGCAUUUUUUCUUUUGUCAUAAUGAGGAAAGGGAGGAGGGACAGGUAUAUUGGUUGGAUGGUAGUCAUUGCAUCAUAAUAUAUUACGCCGCAUCUGGGUUGUCACGGCUGGUGUUUAGCACG